AUGACAGAAACUACUAAGUACUUACUCUGGGAGUGUUCUUUUACAAGAGCAGUUUGGAUGUCAGUCCCAGGAGCAAGACAGAGUAUGACAUCAACACAAACAUCCAUAAAAGAUUGGAUCAUUAGCUGGUUUACAAUGGAUAUGACAAUUUUGGGAGAUGAUUGGAUUGAAAGAAUGACAAAUACAUGUUGGGAAAUAUGGAAAUCAAGAUGUGAAUGCGUUUUUGAUGAUUUGAAGCCAAACCCAAUAAAAGUCAUUAGAAGUCUGCAAUAUCUCAACAGUAUGACAGGCAAAGAAAUGAUAAGACCUCAUUGCCCUGUGAUUGCUAACACAAAUUGGAUGCCACCUACCUUAAACUCUUUCUCUAUAUGCUGUGAUGCUUCUUUUAAGGAAAUCUUAACUGUUAAACACACAGGCAUUAGUUUAAUAUUGCGUAAUUCUGCAGGAAACUUUGUGCGAGGAAGGAGCAGCUACUCAGAUGGAAACCUAACUGCAGAACAUGCAGAGGUGAUGGGAUUGCUGGAGGCUACUCAAUGGGCAGAAGAACUUGGACUUCAACAUGUGUGCUUUGAGUUGGAUGCGCAGAGGGUAGUUAAGGCAACAAAUGGGGACUUCCAGCAAGUCAGUUGGGAGAACCAAGCUAUUAUUUUAGAUAUUAUUAGUUUAUUUAGCAACCAUCCAUUAUGGAGUUGCAAAUUUCUUAAAAGAUAUUUCAAUAAACCAGCAGAUGAACUAGCUAAACAUGCUAGAUCAUGUAAAGCUUUAAAAAACUGGAUUGAUAAUCCCCGGUCUUUAUUAUUCCAGCUCUAG